AUGGCGACAACGCAAACAGGCAUCAUUAUCAUCUCCAUUAUCAUCAUCAUCAUCAUCAUCAUCAUCAUCAUUAUCUCAUUCAUUAUAUUCAUCACCAUCUUAAUCUUCAUCUCCAUCGUCAUCAUCUCCUUCAUCAUCUUUAUUAUCUUCAUCUCCAUCAUCAACAUCAUCUCCAGCGUCAUCAUCAGUGUCGAGACAAUCACGGUCAUUCCAUCUGAUGCGCACAUACAAGGCAACUUAAUGCUGGCCUCGGCAACACAGUUUGUGCUGGGAGCCACCGGCCUUGUUGGCUUCUUUCUCAGGUUCAUCGGUCCGCUCACUGUCGCCCCGACGAUCACAGUCAUAGGACUGUAUAUAGGACAGUUUGCCUUGUCACUUUGUGAGCAGCACUGGGGAAUAGCUUUUCUAUCCUUGGCGCUGAUGAUCAUAUUUGCCCUCUUCUUGUCCACCAUUCGGGUUCCACUUGCAACAUAUUCAAAACGAGAGGGUUUCCAUGCAAGUAGGACACCGAUCUUUGAGCUGAUACCUGUCAUCCUCUCCGUCGGGAUUACGUGGCUCCUGUCGUUUGUCUUGACGGUGACGGACGUUUUACCCAGCAACUCCACCCAGCACGGGCAUAUGGCCAGGACUGACGUCAGAAUCAACGCCCUCUACGAUUCACCUUGGUUUUACUUUCCACUUCCGUUUCAGUUUGGAAUGCCUACAGUCAGUGCAGCAGGAUACGUUGGAAUGCUGGCCGCUACAAUUGCUUCUACCAUCGCAUCUACCGGGGACUAUUUCGCUACAGCGCGUGUGGCGGAAGUUGUUCCGCCGCCGCCUCACGCCGUGAAUAGAGGUAUAGCAACGGAGGGUUUUUCAAGCACUAUCGGCGGAAUGAUUGGUGGAAUCUGCGCAAGCACUUCCUACAGUGAAAAUAUAGGUGCCAUUGCUAUUACAAAGAUUGCAAGCAGGAAGGUGUUUGUCACAGCCGGCAUUCUCCUGGUUUUGGCUGGCGUGAUUGGCAAGAUCGGCGCUGUUUUCACUAUCAUCCCCGACCCUAUCAUUGGCGGGGUGAACCUCAUCACCCUGGGUAUGGUGACGGCCGUGGGCGUGUCCACACUGCAGUUCAUUGACCUCAGGUCGUCACGGAACCUCAUGAUAAUCGGGACGUCAAUGAUGCUGGGACUGAAGAUUCCCGACUGGAUGGCUACACACUCCCAGGCCAUUGAUACAGGAAGUGCCAAUUUUGACCAGGUGCUGACAGUGCUGCUGUCGACACCCAUGUUUGUUGCCGGAUUCACUGGCUGCUUCCUGGAUAACCUUGUGCCAGGCACCGAAGAGGAGCGAGGCAUUACGAAAUGGCGUUUGAGUAAGGAAGGGUCUGGCGACUAUUACAUAACAGGCGAAGAUACAUACGAGUUUCCCUAUGUCACUCAGUUCAUCAGAAGGAUAAAAUGUUGUGGUUACUUCCCUAUGUCUCCUACAUUUGACAAGGAAUUCAGCUGCGGUUGUUGUUGUAAGAAAAGGUCAAAUAGUUCUUCAUAUGCUGUAGACAAUCCCGUUGCGAUGGGAAAUAUAGAGAAACUGUAGCCAUGCACAUGUCAGAGCAUCUACGUUUCAGUUUAACACAAACCCAAACAUUUGCUUCGAACGUUACAGUUUUUAGCGAAAUCGUCCAUGAAACAAUUGCAAAUUCACAAGUACACUACCUCUAGCAAUCGGUUGAAAUUCAAGAAUGCAAUGUGGCAGCUCGAUAAUUUAGCUUGUUUUCGUAGCAAUGUAUUUGUUUUGUCAAGCAAAGUUUCUAAACGAAACGUAAUGUUCAAUGACACAUAUGCUGAUAUUGACUUUAUUCGCCACGACAAUAAUCCAGCGAUGGAAGCUUUAAUCAUCUGGAAUCUUCAUCUGAUUGUUCGAGAGAAGGGAUGUGAAAUGGUUCAUUCUACUUAUUCAAGAAUGCAUUGGAAUUAAAGAGACAACACUGUUUCCAUAUUCAGAGGAAAUCUGUGCCAAAAACAGAGUCGUUUGUACGAUUCCGAAACUGCAAACUUCUUUCCUUCUUCCUUUAACUCUCAUAAUAAGCCCGUCCAGUAACACACCCACAAAGGCUAACACAAUGCAUACUUAAAACCUCAUCUGAGGUUGGGAUUCUCGUGGAACGGACCUAUUCAAAGUGAUUUAGAGGCUGGCCUUGGACUUAUCCUAACACCGGUGUUCUACUAUGAAAGCAACCAUGUAUCGUGAGGGCAAUUGGAUUCAGAUUCACUUUAUUCAGAAUUCCAGGCCAUCUAACUCAUAGUGCAUUACAGUUAGCUAAAAUAUAGUUUAUGUAGGGAAUGGCUUUUGGGUACUUUUACAUAUACCACUUUUUUAUAGGCAUAGCUUGCUUUUAAUAAACUUGAGCACAUAAGAAAAUGGU